AUGGGUGCUGAGCAGUCAAAGUAUGAAGGUCCACCCGAGGUGCUUGAGGCCAGGGAUCUGGCCUCGGUAGCGAAGUACAUGAAAUCGUCCGCGUGUAAGAACGUGUUCACGAUGCUCGGAGCGGGUAUCAGCACAUCGGCUGGUAUUCCCGACUUCAGGUCGCCAGAGACAGGUCUCUAUGCAAAUCUUGCUCGCCUCAACCUCCCUCAUCCGGAGGCCGUUUUUGAGAUUAACUACUUCCGCGACAAUCCCAGAGCCUUCUAUACGCUCGCUCAUGAUUUGCUUCCCGGACGCUUCCGGCCCACGGCGACGCACUCUUUCGUCCGCCUUCUCAACGACCACAAGUUUCUACAUACAUGCUUCACACAGAACAUCGAUACUCUGGAGCGGCGCGCCGGCGUCCCAGGGAACAAGAUCGUUGAGGCCCAUGGGAGUUUCGCUAGUCAGCACUGUAUCGAGUGCAGCACCGAAUACGACGGCGAGAAGAUGCGACAGGCCCUCAAGACAGGCGAGAUUGCGAGAUGUCCAGAGUGCGACGGCUUAGUGAAGCCGGAUAUUGUCUUCUUCGGAGAAGCACUCCCUCAGCUCUUCCACCAAUCGGUCCCGAACCUCCGCAACGCUGAUCUACUCUUCGUGAUCGGCACCUCGCUCACAGUCCAGCCUUUCGCCUCCCUCGCUUCUCUUGUCCCAGCUCACUGCCCGCGCGUCUUGAUCAAUCUCGACCCAGUGGGUGACUUUGGGAAUCGAUCAGACGACGUCAUCUGUCUAGGCAGAUGUGACGAGGUAGUGCGCGAUCUCUGCAAGGAGCUGGGCUGGGGCGACGAACUAGAGGCGGCGUGGAAAGAGACAGAACACAGCCUGGACGACUUCGGCGAGGAGGGACUACCGGAGAAAGGCCCUGGACCGACUGUGGCGGAAGAAGAGAAGCAACUCGAGGAAGAUGUGGAAGAGAUUACUGAGAGGUUGAACGCAGUGCUUGGCGAGGUCUCAGACAAGGCCUCGCCAGAGACUGAGGGGAAUUCACAGUCUCCGAUCCUGAAUGGGGCUGAAAUUCCAGUACUCGAGGACGAACACCAGACUCAAGCUCUCGAGAACCCGGUGCAUCAGGAGGCGGCAAGGGAUAACAAGGAGACGAAGGAGAAGCUAUGA